AAGUCCGGAGAGGCGCGUGGUUGAAUGGGGACAGAUAGCAUCGCAACGUGAGCGCGCUCAUCCACCACCUCUAGGGCUCGCGGACAGUUGACAGGACCGAUAUCUUAGGGACAGCUCGCACACGCUGUUUAAUCAGUGCUUCUUUCUUUUUGUAAUUAACCAAUCGUUAAGGAACUGAAAGUAAACUGACGUCGUCACAUCGCGCUGAAUUAACGGGGGGGAACAUGUCAACGGUCGGCUCCAUUAUUCCACAGGUACAUCUGGGUAAAGUUUUUCCCUUUGCUGUGAUAGAGUUUGGUUCUUCAAGUUAAGACUUUCUAAAGGAAAAGCUCCACAAUAUUUGACCGAUUAAAUAAUCCAGUAACAAUCCAAGGACUGCAUGAGAGAAACCUAAGAGGACCACUACAAACAACUGGCAGUGUGUUAAACAAGAAGUUCCUAAAGCAAAGGGAUACAAAACAGACAAUAGACAUCUCAGUAAAGAGAACGGAAAAACCAGCAGACUCUUUCCUUGAAUUUCCACCAAAGCCCAUUGCUUUUACUGAACAUGUGUCAUAAAGGGAGGUCAACACAUAAGCGAAGAUGAACCCUUAUGUCACUUCACACUUCAGAAGAGAUCUCUUUCCCCAUUUCCAUUUGUUGUAGAUUUUUGUCUAACCUGUUGUUACUGUUUGAAUGAAAUAGCGUUGUCUAUAUUUGUGCAGCUAUAGCAGUAGCUCAUGUCUAUCGUUUUCAGUUUCUUUGUACUCACCACAGUGCAGGGUUACGGUUGAGGGUUUGAUUCUGUGUACUGUUCCAAAGAGGAUGUGGAUACUCUGUAUUCUUGUCAGGAUUCAGUAGAAGAGUUCUCUGGAAAUGGUUGGGCAAGGUAAAUACUAACUACAAGCUUUUCAUUUCCAGAUAUAUUUGCACAUUUCUCUUUUGCUUUAUUUAAGCCUUUGUCAGUUUUUAAGAAGUAUUUUUAUAUAUUAACUUUGAAUGCUUUUUAGAUGAUGCACUUCAAAGUUACUCAGGCAUUCUUUUCGCGUUGCAUCUACAUGUAUUAUUCUUCCAUUUUGUUUGGGGAAACUCUGAUGUUCAGGUAGCCCUUUGUGAUCUGGUUCAAACUGAGAUGAUGAGUAAUAGACUACAAUCCACAAAACCAGUUAUGCUCUCAGCCACUUUAGUUCUCAGCCCUUCUCAGCUCUUCUCCUUCUGUGGCAUACACCUGAUCUAUCUACUUUGGCGCCCGACCUCCAGAAAAAUAUAGAAAACUUCCUCAGGUAACCUGUGUACUUACCUUUUCCCUACAUAUAAAUCUUCCACUCAAAGUUUAAAAUACAAGUGGUGUUGAGGAUAGAUCAAAGUAAACUCUCUGUUGUUUUCUUCCCUUCUUAUCUUAUUUCAUAGGCGAUUUCUCAGCCGUAAUGCUGAGCUGUAAUGAGGUAUGUCUGCUCUGAGAGACUAACUGUUGCAUGUGAUUGCUAACAGCCGUGUAGUUCAGGUCAAUAUUGUUCACACAACAGUCAGUAAAACAAGUCUUCACCAAAUUGACAAUGGCUGCUAAACAGAUGUGCAGACCCUUAGAAAGAAAAUGUGAAAUUGUUAAAGCAGUGACAUGAUUGAACAGGAAAUGGCAAACAAAACAUGGAUCUUUCAGUUGGGACCCUUUUGUUGAGCAAAGGUGACAUUUCCUUGACAACUGCUAUUUAACACUUAACGUUUGUACUAUAUUCAGUGCUUUAUCCAAGACAUAUUGGCACUGAAUUAUGAAAGAUGAAUGAUGACUGUUUGAUGAACUGAAUGUACUGUGCUCUUUGUUUCCACAUGCCCAUACCAAGGGGUUGUGACACUGGAGAGAUCUUUGAUUGUAAGAAUUGGCAUGUUUUUUUUUCUUUUUUGAUUGCAUGUUGGAAAUGUUUUUAUCAUAUUGUCCCAUUUUAAGUUUAAGUCUUGUCACAAUAUUAUAAAAGGUACAGUACCCUGUAACAAGCUGUACAUCCUUUACAUGUUUCCAUCUCCAUCCUCCUACUCCAUUGCAUUAUCAGUUUAUAGCUUUUAUCAAUUGAUGCCUGCUUGAGGCUUCCCUUUUAUUUGUUUGGAACUAAACAGAACCAACCCUGCAUGCUUUUGUGAUAUCUGAGGUCCAACCAGCCCUGUCACUCCUUGUCAAAAGAGUUCUUGCAAACUAGGGGUCACAGAAAAAGACUCCUUGGGCUGCUGCUGACAUCGUUGUUUUCAGCUCACCUCACUCAGUGAGUAUGAUUUUUAUGGACAUUGGUUGUUAAUGAGUGCACCUGAGGAUCUACUUUAAGAAAGCCCACUUUGUUUGCUGAGGGAUCUAUCACUGAAAAGAUAGACUCUACUGGGAAACAUCAUUACAAGUCGGGGAAAGUAAGUGACUGAUCAAUGGCCUUCGAGGCAAUUAUCCUCUGGUUACUAUUGGCCACUAUGGACUUGCAAUUAUCUCUUCAAUAAGGACUGAAAGACUGACUAUGUUGUUAGCAUCAAACAUUUAAUUGACUGUAUCAAGAUGCUUAAUUGCCUCAUCAACAUUUGAAUCCAGUGUCCUCCACUGAGGAAUACAGUGUUAUUGUAAACCAUAAGAGAGAGGAGACUUUUUGUUUUUUAUUGUUUUGGAUUGUACAUGAUGGGAGCGGAACGUGUGAAACGUCGUUUCAGUGCUGUGGUUGACGGGCCAGUGGAGGAGGAGGAGGUCAUGAGGCUGGCACAGAGUGCUGCUGACACGGCUAGGGCAGGGGGGAGUCCAAUGGGGUCAGGGACCCCAACCAGCCCCUCCCCGACCCAUGCCCUGAACGGCAAAACUCUACCUCUCCAGAGCAACACCAACAAUGCACGGAGGCAGAGUGCCAUUGGAGUUGGGGGAGACACAGGAGAAGGCGGGGUGAGAGCAGGAGGAAUGUGCUCAGGACUAAGGAGUGAAAGAGGCAGUAGUGUAGGAGGAAGAGGAAAAGGCCGUUCAUCCUCGGACCAGAAUUCACUCUCUUCCCCCUCCACUACCAACCGCCGGCGCACCAGGUGCUCAAGCCGCCGGCCCCGACAACGCUUUGUGGGCAAGGACGGACGCUGCAACGUCACCUUCGUCAACAUAAGCGAAAGGGGCCAGCGCUACCUUAACGACCUCUUCACCACCUGUGUGGACAUCCGCUGGCGCUGGAUGCUGAUCAUCUUCACCCUCUCCUUCCUUCUCUCCUGGCUGCUCUUUGGAUUUGCCUUCUGGCUCAUUGCCUCCGUGCAUGGGGACCUCUCCAUUCGGCUUACCCCCAGCUCAGGUUCCUUUCCGGGAUCAGGAGAGGCCGGGUCUGGAGGAGAGUCUGAUAGAGAGGUAGUGGUUGAGGAGCCGUGCUUCCUCCAGGUGAACAGCUUCAUGGCAGCCUUUCUAUUCUCCUUGGAGACGCAGACAUCCAUAGGUUAUGGCUUCAGAAGCGUGACCGAAGAAUGUCCCCUGGCGGUGAUGGCGGUCAUUUUGCAGUGCAUUGUGGGCUGCAUCAUUGACGCCUUCAUCAUCGGGGCAGUCAUGGCCAAGAUUGCCAAGCCCAAGAAGCGCAACGAGACACUGGUGUUCUCUGACACAGCUGUGGUGGCGCUGAGGGACGGGAAACUCUGUAUGAUGUGGAGGGUUGGAAACCUACGCAAGAGCCACCUGGUAGAGGCACAUGUUCGAGCACAGCUACUAAAGCCAAGGGUGACAGAAGAGGGAGAGUUCCUUCCCCUGGACAAUAUGGACAUCAACGUGGGUUUUGACACUGGCACUGACCGCAUCUUCUUGGUCUCGCCAAUGACAAUUGUCCACGAGAUCAACGACGAGUCACCUUUCUUUGAGAUUGACCGAAAGACCCUGGAGAAUGACUCUGAAUUGGAGGUGGUGGUCAUACUCGAGGGCAUGGUGGAGGCCACAGCUAUGACCACACAGUGCCGUAGCUCCUAUCUGGCUUCUGAAAUCCUCUGGGGACACAGAUUUGAACCAGUGCUCUUCGAGAGGAAAGACUGUUACCAGGUGGACUACUCAUUCUUCCAUCAGACAUACGAAAUCCCGAACACACCUUCAUGCAGCGCUAAGGAGCUGGCCGAGCAGAAGUACAUUCACAGCUCACGCUCGUCAUUCUGCUAUGAGAACGAAGUCGCUCUGCAGCUCGUCUCCCCUGACGAUGAGCCUGGCCCAGACCCUGAGUGUCCCUCCCCACCGACCCGUAGGCAAUCACUGGCCGAACAUCUCCACUACAAUUGAACCUGUUGGAUAGGAGGCCUUAAAGGAAAAGAGAUAGGAAGUUGACCCAGAGGUUUUAGAGGGAGAGGGUUAAACUGGUAGAAAUUGGCAGACCAAGAGAUACCGGAUUAAAAGUUGUUAGGGCCAGUGUCAGGAUAAAGGAUAGGAGGCAACAUUGUUUACAGUGAUUGGACAGGAAACAAAGUCCAAAAUAGGAGCAAGUCAAGAGAUCCAUUACAACUUUUACAAGUUUGCAAGAUUUAGAUAAGUACUACCAUACAGAUUAGAUUGCACCGAGAAAUAUAAAGGAAAUGGACAGAUAGAGAGAGGUUUUGAGUCAGUAUUUUAUGGAGAAGGGUUACUACACUGGCUUAGUUGUCUGAUUGGUCCUGGCAAUCUUUUAGGAUCAUUGAAAACUUGUCUGCUAAGUCUCACAUCUGGCCCGGCACUACCACAACACACCCAUCUGGCUCUAAUUCUUGACUGGCAGAAUAUACAGCAGCACCCCAUGGUGGCUCUACUAUGCAACUGCACCUCCAGUUUUAUGAUCUAUUUGAGGUGGCUUCUGUAUGAAAUGAAUGGUAGUGUACCUUCUGAGGUACAACUCAGGAAUGUAUUCCACUAUGAUGCUGAAUUAUCAUUUAAUGUUUUAUUUGUGUAUGGUAAGUAUGGAUAGUGCACAUUUUGUGAUACUUUGAGGUUGGUGGGGGGUGUUGAGGAUGUAGUUGAGUAUUAGGCUAGGCUACUUAUAGAGCCAAAGCAGAGCAACAGUAGCAUGGAGAAACAGCUGAAAACUAGCAGCGAUUUUGAGCAGUUUCUUUUCCAUGUUAUGUUAUGUAUGUUGUUUGUUUUGGGGCUUUAUUAUGUCAUGCAAAAAAAAUGUUCACUGAUUCUAACAUUUGCUUUAUUUAAUCAUUUUGUGUUGAGUUGAAUGCCAUGUGGCUAGGUCAGAGUAAGGAUCAGAGUAAGCAUUGUAGUGUUAGAUACACAAUGACAGAUGAUGUUGUCUGUGUCCAGACUAGUUAAAUACUAUACAUUAUUUCUUGCACUACUAUCUACAGUAUCUUCUCAUGUCCUGUAUUGCUAAAAUCAACCACACUGUAUUGUUUUGCUCUGUUACUUUUGGAUUGUAGUAGUUAGUGACUGAGCUAUGACAUUAUAAUCUUUUAAGUGUCUUGGCACUUGGAAGAUCCUUGAUGGUUUGGACUAAAUCCAACUUUAAAGGGGUUGCUCUCAUCCGCUCUGUAAAUGCACAGGAGGCCUAAAGUCACGUCCAACAUCACUAGAACAUUACUGAACUGAGUAGGAGAGAUGUUGUGAUGGUGGUGACGAUGGUUUGCUGUUUCUGCAUCUCUGAGAAUAAAACAUCUGUCUAACAUCUGCACAAAUGGAUGAGGAUUGAACUGGAAACUACACCCCAUUCAUAGAAAAUUAUACUGUAUUUUUGUGCCCAUAAAAUCAUGUUUCACGGUACUAUGUUCUAAUGUGCUACAGUUGGUUUCUCUCACGAAUUGUGAGAUCAGUGUAGUGAGUGGUGCCUUCAUAACAAACCAGAGAUUUUGCAACUGGCCCUUCAUCUGCAGCAGUUAAUUUCAUGUUUGAAAUGUACUUAAAGCCUAUUUUUAUUGUGUGUAUUUUCAUACUUCUAUUUAUGCAAGAGUGUUCAUUCAAUCACUUUAACAUUUGCAGGAUGUUGUUCUAAGUAGACAAAAAUGUAUAUACUGUGAAUCUGCUCAGUAACUGAGUAGUCUCAAUAAUAAUCUCUAGACCGAUAGCUGAUGGGUUCCGAGAUUGUCUCAAUAUGAACAUGCACUGAUAACAUAAAUAGAUUUUUAGCUGUAUUGUAUUGUAGACUAUGUAAUAGUUGCUCUUUGUAGUUAUAUGACAAAGCACUUGGAAUGUUCUUGUUUAUUUUAGAUCCUGUAAUGAUUUGCAGUAAAUCAUGCCACCAUGAGUAUUUAAGUGUUUGAUUACAGAAGAUGUUGGUAAUUUCACUCAGUGUCAGGAGUGCAACAUGAUAUUAAGUGUUGACCAAUAAUCAGCCUGUCCAACGCACAUCCUGGGAACUUAUUCUGUUUACUUUGCACUAAAGUAGUAUAUGCAGACUAAAUAUCACUAAUGACGCUUUACAACAGCACAGUUGUUGCUGGAUCAGUACACAUUAACCUCAAGGCAUCAAUCGCAGUGUUUCACUUCAGUUAUUGAAAUUUUUUUUUUUUUAUGGUUACCCCAGGGCGGGUGAGGUAUUGAUUGCAUAUAAUCUGUUGCAAUUAGUGUUAGUAUUAGUGUUUGUGUUCUCCCUUACACUUCUCCUUUAUGGCUACAUGUUCUAUUUAUAGGCUGCAUGGGUCAUGCCGUUCACCCUGCCUCCACUUGUAACUUGAACUUACUGCACCAUCACUUUAACUACUAUAGCGCUGUUUAAGAACCCAAGAAAAAAACAGACAGAUGGAUUAUGUGGUAAUUUCACUCCUUAGGAUUUGCUUCUCACAGUAAACACAUUUUUUUAAAUCAUAUGUAUAUACAUAGUGUAAAAUACAUAGUAUACUGUAAUAGAUACAUUAUUAUUAAUAAAUGAGUGACAUGAAACCAAUAAAAGCUGUUGCUACCUUUCUCAAGUUAUUUUUCUAAAGAGAAAGGGAACCCUUUCUGCUCCAACACUGAAAUGUAAUUUCAGAGCUGCCUUAGGCACAGAGCACUUCUAAAUGCAACUGAACUGGUUGUAGAGCAAAUAAAACACGGGGAUUGAAUUGCAAUUAUUGGUUGCUUCUUUAUUUAUUCUUCUUGUAGCUCACGGGGCAAACCAUACUGACCAUUUUAGAUGGAAAGUGUAAUUCAUCACUACUCUCAUAAUCCUUUUUGCAUUUACAUUGAAGUGCUUUAAGAUUUAAACAAAACAUUAAAAAAGGAAUGCAGGUUAUGCAUAUAAUGUCCUCAUUCUUACAACUUGCUGCCAUAGAUUAAGACUGUUAGAAACAAACCAAAUGACCAAAUCUCGUUUGAUCAAACAUGUCAACUUUCUUUUUUCUGUGUAAUGUCCACAACUCUAUAUUUUCACUGAUAGCCUUGUCUGUCACAGAAUACAGUCUGAACAUAAACCUUAACCAAACAAUUGUGGAAGAAUGUUAAAACUGUCUGAUGUAAAUUAAACACUAAAUAUCUUGAAAUGACUGAAUUGUACAACUUUGACAGUUAAAGUUUUGAUUUCUUUUUAUUGUGUUGUCAAAAUGACCUGUAAACUUCUGCAAAAGUCUAUCACUGCUGAUGAAUCAGGAGAAUAAAACGCCCCUUGUGGAAAUAA